AUGCCUGUGAGACGCGGUCAUGUUGCGCUCCAGAACACCUACUUGGACACUAUCAUCAGGAAAUUCGACGAGCAAAAUCGCAAAUUUCUCAUCGCCAACGCCCAGAUGAAGAACUGCGGCAUCAUUUACUGCAACGAAGGCUUCUGCCAGAUGUUUGGUUUUACCAGAGCCGAGAUCAUGCAGCAGCCCUGCACCUGCCAGUUCCUGGUGGGGCCCGGCACCAUGAAGAGCGCCCUCUCCCAGCUGGGACAGGCCCUGCUGGGCUCUGAGGAGCGCAAGGUGGAGAUCCUCUACUACUCCAAGGAAGGGACCUGCAGACCCUGCCUGGUGGACAUUGUCCCCGUAAAAAACGAGGAAGGCCUCGUCAUCAUGUUCAUCCUCGACUACCAGGAGCUCAUCGAUCCUUCUCUGAAGAAAUCCGGCCUCAGGCAGCGAGUCGCUCAAGGAUGGAUUUACUGUCAGAAUCGCAGGCUGAAGAUGAGGCUGCCGGUGCUGCGGUCAAUGCGACGGCCUUCGCUCUCCAAAGACCAGUUUGAAGGCGUGGUUGUGGAUUAUCUGCAGCCAAACAGUGAGGAAGUUCCUCUGAAAGAGUUCCGGAUCCCGUCCAAGGAGAGCUGCAUGCAGUCUGAGACGGAGGCCCUGAUAGAGCAGGACCUGGACCCUCCCUCCCCAGCAGCCCAGUCCACCAAACGGCGCUCCCUGCUGGCAGACCGACUGGACCCCGCGAUGGCCUUCCCCAGGGGGACGCUACCUCGAAGCUGCUCCAGGGACAGCGUUCGCAGCCUAAGACGAGCCUCAUCGCUGGAUGACAUCGACGGCAUGAGAGCGGAGUGGAACAGCCGACCCGGAGACCCCCGGACCAACAGCAAUCUGAAGCCCAGCGUUUUGAACUCCACCUCGGACUCAGACCUUAUGAGACACAGAACCAUCGGCCGGAUCCCUCAGGUUACACUCACCUUCGGCUCGGACCGGAUGAGACCGCCUUCUCCCACCGAGAUUGAAAUCAUCGCUCCCAGCAAGAUUAAAGACCGAACCCAGAACGUCACAGAGAAGGUCACUCAGGUAACACAGGUGUUGUCCCUCGGUGCCGACGUGCUGCCGGAGUACAAGCUCCAGGCCCCACGCAUCCACAAAUGGACCAUCCUGCACUACAGCCCCUUCAAAGCGGUGUGGGACUGGGUCAUCCUGCUGCUGGUUAUCUACACGGCCAUUUUCACGCCGUACUCGGCCGCCUUCCUCCUCAACGAGGUGGAGGAGGACCGGAGGAGAAGCUGUGGCUACACCUGCAACCCGCUCAACGUGGUGGACUUGGUGGUGGACGUCAUGUUCAUCGUGGACAUCCUCAUCAACUUCAGGACCACCUACGUCAACCACAACGACGAGGUGGUCAGCCACCCGGGACACAUUGCGCAGCACUACUUCAAGGGCUGGUUCCUCAUUGACAUCGUGGCUGCCAUCCCGUUUGAUCUGCUCAUAUUUCGCUCUGGUUCAGAGGAGCCUCAAACAACGACUCUGAUUGGAUUACUGAAGACAGCCAGACUGCUGAGGUUGGUGCGAGUUGCCAGGAAGUUGGACCGUUACUCAGAAUACGGAGCAGCCGUCCUUUUCCUCCUCAUGUGCACCUUCGCCCUCAUCGCUCACUGGCUCGCUUGCAUCUGGUACGCCAUCGGCAAUGUGGAGCGCACCGGCUCUGCCCGCAUCGGCGGGAUGAAGAUCGGUUGGCUGGACAACCUGGCCGACCAGAUCGGUAAACACUACAAUGACAGUGACGCCACCUCUGGACCCUCCAUCAAGGACAAGUAUGUCACCGCCCUGUACUUCACCUUCAGCAGUCUGACCAGUGUGGGCUUCGGCAAUGUGUCGCCCAACACCAACCCAGAGAAGAUCUUCUCCAUCUGCGUCAUGCUCAUCGGCUCUCUGAUGUACGCCAGCAUCUUUGGGAACGUGUCAGCCAUCAUCCAGAGACUUUACUCCGGCACGGCUCGCUACCACACGCAGAUGCUGCGGGUCAAAGAGUUCAUCCGUUUCCACCAGAUCCCAGGAGGCCUGAGACAAAGACUGGAGGAGUAUUUCCAACACGCCUGGUCCUACACCAACGGCAUCGACAUGAACGCUGUUUUAAAGGGUUUCCCUGAGUGUCUACAGGCUGACAUAUGUCUUCAUUUGAACCGCAGUUUGCUGCAGAACUGCAAAGCAUUUCGAGGUGCCAACAAAGGCUGCCUGCGGGCUCUGGCCAUGCGAUUCAAGACCACCCAUGCUCCUCCGGGCGACACUCUAGUCCACAGUGGGGACAUUCUCACUGCCGUGUACUUCAUCUCUAGAGGCUCGAUAGAGAUCCUCAGGGACGACGUGGUGGUGGCCAUACUGGGAAAGAAUGACAUCUUUGGUGAGCCUAUCAGUCUGUAUGGGAGGCCGGGGAAAUCCAGCGCUGACGUCAGAGCUUUGACCUACUGCGACCUUCACAAAAUCCUGAGGGACGACCUGCUGGAGGUGCUCGACAUGUAUCCUGACUUCGCCGACAUGUUCUGGAACAACUUGGAGAUCACCUUCAACCUGAGAGAUGCAGAUAGAAUAAACCAGACAACCCCGGGCAGGGACUCUGAAUGUGGCUACCGUCUGACGAGGCACCGUCGCUCCCUGCGUCGCCGAAACAGGCCAGAUGGGAUGGACCGCGAAGACUCGUACCCAGAUCAGUCCUGUCCGAUGGCGAACCACCACCGGGGCACCAUGGCAGGAUCUCAGUGGGAGGACCUCUGCAGCAGCGCUAGUGUCUGCUCGCAGUCGAGUGAUGAGGAAAUGAAGCCCGUGGGACACAGCAAGGGGGAGCCGUACCCACCCGGGGGCGACACCCGAGAUUACCCGCCGGCUGUGGUCAACCUGCUGCCUCACAGCGGACCCUCUGCUGGGAUGGGACCACCGGUAGACCUCGGAGGUCCUCCAUACACAGCAGCAGCCCCUAUCAGCAUGUCUGGCCUCUAUGGAUACUGGCCAGACCGCAGGGCCAGUCAGUUCUCAGACAGCCAGAGGCGACCGUCGUCAGUCAGAGCCAGUUUUCACCCUCCACCCUGCGCUGAGGACCGGCCCAGCGAACUGGAAUCCCGUCUGGAGCUGCUGCAGUCCCAGUUAAACCGACUGGAGACCCGUAUGACAGCAGACAUCAACGUGAUCCUGCAGCUCCUCCAGAGGCAGAUGGCUCCAGUGCCUCCAGCCUACAGCGCUGUGUCCCCCAGCCCUCACCCGCCUCACCCCACCACACUGUACAGCACCGGAGCUCCCACAAUCCACACCGUCCCUCCAAUCCCGCCGGUGCAGAUCGACAGCACUGCCUCACUCAUACAGAGUCCAGACUCUGACUUCCAGCACAAAUCCAAGGACUCCCUGUCCAGCGGUAUCCACCUCACUGUGGCGUCAGACGACACUAUGUCCAUGUCGCCGGAGGCCGACCCUCCACGCCUGCCCUCUGUGGACAUCACCCCUCCUCAGCAGCCUCCUGGACUGCUGUGUGGCACCCAGCGCUUCCCCUCCCUCCCUGAGCACCUGGAGACCUCCACAGAGAUGCAGGAGAUCCAAAGGCACGUGUCUGACCCGGUCCUGCCGGGCAGCUAG